AUGGAAGGGGAGGGUGCGGCGGCUGAGGCCGUCGGCAGGUGCCGCCGAUCGGGUUUCCCUCUCUCAGCGUGGGAGGUGGCGGUGGCGGGAGGCAUAGUGGCGGGCUUCGCUCUGGGGCUGCUCGGCGUCUACCUCUCCAUGCCGGUCUCCGACUACAGCUUCCUUAAGAUGCCCCGAUCCCUGGAGGACCUCCAGGUCCUCAGGUCCGUGGUCGAUGAUGCCCUUCCCUCCCUUCCUAGACGCCGAUUUUCAUGUUCGUGUGUUUGAAUUCGUUAUAUGGAUGGUGCGGGAUGAGCAUCCGAAGAUUUAAGAGGAGAGGAUUAGGGAAACUGUCUGGUGGUAAAAAGUGAAUUGGAAAUGGACCAGGUUGAUCUGAUUUGAUUUGCAAAGGGCUUACGACGUCGUACUAACCGUGUUUGUGAGAGAAAUUGAAACCCUCGCACCGUACUUUUUCUUCCUCUGCUAUGUCAUUAAUUGUGUGGCCCUCGCCGGGUGAAUCUCCCCUCCCACACUCCCUCAUGAAAAGAACAUGGCAAUCCUCUACAUUUUCCACUUGUUGCGGCAUAUCAGAGCCUCUAAUCACUUCAACAAGGUGAGAUCCUGUAGCCUUCUCAUGAAAUCGAAUUCUUUUCAAAUGAUUUCUUCUCGUGCAACUUUACGUAUCUAGAAUUCAUGGUCCGCACUCGCUUCUCCUAUGACUCUGGUUGCCACUUUGGCAUAAUGGGCAAUGCUUCUUCCCCGAAGUGCGCAUCUGUUAUUAUUUCCCUUCAGCCUCACCCUGAUGAAGGCUUUCUAAAUUUAGUCUGAUUGUCCCAGAACUCACCCUGCAAGUCGACAUCUGCAGGGAUCACCUCGAGAGCUACGCAAGUGACUACACACUACAGGUUCUAGUUGGAUACUGUGCAGUCUACAUCUUCAUGCAGACCUUCAUGAUCCCGGGGACCAUCUUCAUGUCCCUCCUCGCCGGAGCUCUCUUCGGGGUCCCCAGUGGUGUCGCCCUCGUGGUCUUUGCUGCAACUGCGGGCGCAUCGUCCUGCUUUUUCCUGUCAAAGCUGAUUGGAAGGCCGUUGGUGAUCUCUCUGUGGCCAGACAAGCUUAGAUUGUUCCAAGCACAGGUACAGAGUCAGCUGAGAGCUUCUCACAUUCUCCUCUUUUAAAAUUUUAUCUUCUCUUAUGACCCAGAUAGCCUUUUAUUGGCUGGUAUUUAUUCAGUUUUUGUGUGAAUACAAAUUUGAGAGAAGAAAACAUACAUUAGAUCACAUUUAAUCAAAAAUAUUUUUCUUAAGAUUUGCAUUUUUGAUAAAAUGGGUAGGUUAUUGACAAUUUCUAAACCAAGAUACCUGGUUUUUUUCUUCGGCUGAUUAAAAGUCUGAACUGAUUUCCAUCAGGUUGCGAGCAGAAAAGGGAAACUAUUGAACUACAUGCUCUUCCUGAGAGUCACUCCCACGCUACCAAACACCUUCAUCAACAUGGCGUCGCCCAUUGUGGACGUUCCCUACCAUACCUUCUUUCUGGCGACCUUCAUCGGGCUCAUCCCAGCUGCCUUUGUCACUGUUCGGGUACUGGCGACGGGGAACAGAAAAUCCUUUCCUUUCCAAGAAUGUGCUGUUGCCCCCAUAUUUGUUAUAUAUACUUCAAGUCUCUCCGUGAGUGAUCCAAACUUGUCCACUGUCGUCCAUGCAGGCGGGCAUCGCACUGGGAGACCUCAAGUCCGUCAAUGACCUCUAUGACUUCCAAUCCGUGGCCACCCUCUUCCUCAUUGGGGCUAUUUCAGUUACACCCACCAUCUUGAGCAAGGCCAAGGACAAGGACGAGGACAAGGCCAAGGGGGAUUAA